AAUCGCCCUUACGUAAUUUAUGGACGGCCCCUUAUCUUUAAAAAGUUAUAAAACCCUGUGACGUCAGUAAAGUAAUCAAAUUACUACUCCAGCGCACCCGUGUAUAUUAAAAAGAACAUAUCCAAUACGUAUGUCAAGAAAAUCAAAGCACGUACAAGUGAUAUUACUAACCAAAACAUGGAAAUAGACAAAAUUUAUCGCACCUUUCAACUAAAUAACUACCCAAACAGAAUUAUCAACAAAUGGUUACACAACCACUCGUCGGGUCAAUCCAAACCAAAGACACAAAAAAAUUAGAUUAUACCCCCACUACUUUUGAAAACAUCCAAAGAAUACUAACACCGUAUAAUAUAAUUUUAGCACUCACACUAAACAAUAAAAUCAAAAAUUUCUUGAAAACCAAAGAACAAACUAAUAGUAAUGCUGACGUUUUAUUAAAUAAUAAUCUUGUUUACACCUUCGCUUGUACGUGUCAUCCAAAGUACUAUUAUAUAGGUGAAACUAGCGGAGCGUUAAAAACCCGUAAAAAAAAAGCGUAUAAGAGCCACGAACUCGGCAGUCGCCACUCGUUGCAACCGAGCAGGCUGCGAGAUCUCACUCGACAGCGUCAAAAUUCUUAAAAAAGAAAAAAUAUUAUCAAAGGAAAUUUUUAUGAACAUAUUGAGAUUAUCGAAACAAAUGAAAUACACAGAAUGAACCUUAACACAGGUGCAGUCAUCAAUGACAUCUGGCAACCAUUCCUAACUAAGUAGCAAAGCCCAUUAAGAUGUACUACAUCCCUCCCUCUAUCGUAUCUCACUGCGUAAAUCAACGCACCAAACAUUCAGUGAACGAUACAGGGAAUACUCGCAUCUUUUUAACCUCUCCUAUCUGGCUUAUGUUUUUUUGUACGUUUUAUCGGAAUUAUUUCUCAGCCUAUAGGUAUUUCCUUAUUAUAAGGCAUGAUCAAAAAGUUUCCGUUCGAAGGCUGUACAGUCCAGAUUUGGUACGCCAGUCACGCAAAAGCGCCGCGAUCAUUUAGGCAAGCAUCCCACCGAUCCACCAGGUUUAAUAUACGCCGUUGGUAAAACUCCUGUUUCUGCCGCUCGAAGAAGUCCGAAACUGCCCGCUGCGCUUCUACGUCCUUUUAAGGAUUUCUUUAAGGAACCGAAAGCGUGAAAAUCGCACGGGACUGUAAGGCGGCUGCUCGAGUGUCUCCCACUUUAGUGCGCGUAACUUCUGCGUUACGACAUUUGCGGUAUGGGGACGCGCGUUAUCACGAAGCAGAAUCACCCCAUUUCGCCUUAAUUGCGCGUCGUAAUCUCUCAGCGUUUCGCAGUGCCGUGCCCCAGUGAUGGAGACACAAUAAGCGAUGGUGAUCGAAGAACGGGGUAAGCGUCACUUUUCCAGCAGAUGAUUGGCUCUCGAACUUCUCGGGACGAGGGGACGAAGGAUGACACCGCUGCACGGUCGCCGCUUUCGACUCAGGUUUUCAGUGGUGGCACCAGCUUUCGUCGCCAGCAACAAUGCGCUGGAGGAAGUGUUGCCUUCGACAUUGAAACGCAUCGGGUGCCACGUCCUUAAACGGAAACUUUUUGAACGCCCCUUAUAAUUUUAUAAAAAUUCCGCCUCUUAAUUAUGUACUUUAAGUUUACCACUUUCUAUUUUAGCACAUGUUCCCCCUUUUCACCCAUGUCUUCUCACCAGUCGUGUUAUUCUAACUGUCACUAUAAUCUCAGGUAAUUAUGUUUUAUUGCAUAAAACUUUGUACACGUAUCCUAAAUAUUUCGGUACAAUCGGUAAAUCUGUAACUCUGUAAUAAUUUUUCUGAUAAAUCUGUUAUAAUAGGACUGAAGAGGGGCAUUAAGCCCGAAAUGCGUAUCCUUUCCUAUCAAUAAACCGACCUUCUUCCACUAAAAGUGCUCUCGCGCGAUUUGUUGUCAACGGCAACCUUACGCCAAGAAAAUACAGCUAAUUAUAUUUUAUUUCUAGCGUACUAUGUUGAUAUCAUUCUCAAGAUUUAUACAAAGCGUAGAAGAUGUCAGUAUGUCUCGAGUUCUGCAGAAACUCGGUUGUCUGUAUGGUCUGUGGAGAUUACAGAAUUAUUUAGGACAGUUAUACGAAGGAGAAUAUUGCUGUAAAACUUUUUCAUCGCUGCUAGAAGAAGCAAUUCUGAAAUUGUGUGUGGAUUUAAAGGACGAUUCUGUCGCCUUGGCCGAUGCCAUUGCACCCACCGACUUCCUUCUCAAUUCUGUUUUGGGAAAAUCGGAUGGACAAGCUUAUAAGAAUAUUUACGACGAACUUAUGAAGGUGCAAAAGAAUCCAGAUUUUUUCUUGAAACCCGAAUCUGUUCCUAUACAGAGCAAGAUUUAAAUAUAAUUCAAUUUUGUGUAUUUGCAAUUUAUAAAACUGAAUACUUUAUCCCAAA